GUUUCGCGCCAAACUGCGCAUGUGCAGGCCGUCAAAUCAAUGACACUCCUUCGAUAUAAAGUCGUUUUAUACGAAAAUGAAAACAUGUCAGUUUGGAGUAAUACAAUCCAUGUUCAACUACUUAAGACAUUGGCUAGAAUCUAGGUUGUGUCUUAGAUUUCGAGAGAAUUAAAAACUAAGGAAGAUUUAAAAAAAAAAACGUUUCUCAUUUACUUCUAAAACCCUGGUCUGGUCAGUUUUGUCUGUUUCGCAAGAGUUCCCGGAAGUCUCGCGAUGUUGCGCCUCUGGGUUUGAAAACUGGGGAUAGUUAGCUAGUUCACUCCCAAAUGCAUUUCCCUAUUAUUUUCUGGACUUAAAAGUGGUUGAAAGUCAGAUCAUUCAGUAUUCCUCUAUCCUGUCUAUUCCCAUUUGUGAAACUGAAAUGUUUAAAUGUAGUUAUUUUCUCAAGGUUAUAUGGUAUUCCUUUACUAUUAGACAGUAUAAUCAAAGAUAACUAUUUGCAGGUGAGCUAUUGCGUAAUCCUUUUAAAUACAUUAGACUUAUCUUGUGUUGUGUUUAUGGCGGUUUCUUCUUUCUUGUAGGUGCACACCUUCACCGACGUGUGCUGGGACAAAUGCAUGGAUAAGCUGAGCAGCAAGCUGGACUCCCGGACCGACACGUGCCUGGCUAGCUGUGUGGAGCGCUUCAUUGACACCACCCUCACCAUCACAAACCGCUUUACUCAUAUGGCGCAGAAAGGGGGCAUGCAUUGACUCAGCAGGGAGAAGAUGAAGAGAAGGGAUACCGACUAUGGACCUAGAAGAGAUCACUUUUUCUGGCUGGACUGCAAUUGAGGAGAAGAAGCUCCAUGCAGGCGAGAAGCCCAAAGACGAGAAAGUUUACACCAUGUACCAUGGCACGUUUCUCAAGUAUGUCCAGCGUAUUAUCACCAGUGGGUUCCAACGCUCCAGCGAUGGAAUGUUGGGAUCGGGGGUCUACGUGAGCCGUAAUAUCGAUAAAGCAAAGUGUUACCCGCUGAAUGCUGACAAGAAGGAAGCGGUAGUGUUGAAGUUAAAGGUGCGGGUUGGCAAGGUGAAGAAGAUCGACAUUGAUAACCAUCCGCUUCAGAAGUCAUGGCACCAGAAUGGUUACGACAGUUGCUGGGUGCCACCAAACUGUGGCGUUACCGCUAUUAAAUCUGGCCGUGAAGAGGAUUGCGUCUGGGAUCCCGCCCGGAUUGUGGUGGUGGAUGUGGCCUGCUGUUUGGACGAUAAAACGCGCUGGGACCUCCGAAAGCAAAUACGCGGCAUGAAUAACCAUGGCGCAAAAGACGGGUGCAGCCAGUGCCACCAGAAUACCUCAAACACUGGGUCUCACCCUAUCCAAAGCUGUUGGACAUGCAACAAACAGAUUUGCCCCUUUCAGAAGAAGCAUAUGUGCAACAAGUAACAAGGCUACUUGCACAAACAACUAGUCCUACUUUGCGUGACCUGUCUCGCUUUUGACCCAUCACCCAAUGUGACCUUGCAUACAAUUUCAAAUUAGGCUUGUUGUCGAUGUCAUGUUUUAAUGUAUUUUGUGUAAUCAUUGCAACCUAAUUGUAUUGGGAUCGAAUUUGUUAACGGACUUGCCUGGUUAAAUAAAGGUUCAAUUGUA